UCGUCAACAAAACAAAACAACCGCGCCGCCGCUGCUGCUAAAACGUUAAAACUCGGUCAAGCAGAUCAAAAAUAAAUUGCACAUUGUGAAGCAAAGCGUCGGCCUCGUGCGGUGAAGUAAAUGCAUUAAAAGCGGCGGCCUCGAGCAGUGCGAGAAACGUUUACUUCAUAAUUCCUGCCAGAGCAGCUCUUAUUGAAUUUUACCCCAGUGUAGCUCAACGAGAUGGAGCGGAAUCCAGUCACGGUAACCGGUGGAGGAGGAGGCGGCGGAGGUGGAGGACCAGGCUGUGAACCCAGUGAUCAGGAGGAGAAAAAUGUACCCAGCGGCGCUGAUUAUAUGCUGAACUUCAAGAACAUCAUAGCGCCGGGUAAUGAGGCGUCCAUGACCAGAGAGUUCAAUCCCCAGGUGGCUUACGAGUUCGAGAAGUACCUUAAUCCCCUGAAGCUCAAGCAGCACGUGCUAAAGAGUGAAAAACUGCGAUCCAUACUAGAGCAUUAUGCUAAGGAAUCGGGUCAGCCGGUUAAGCAGUUGGAGCGCCAGGCCAAGGCGAUCAUCGAGGAGAUUGGCCUGGAGCGAAAUAUGGCUAUUAUUCGGUGGUGCGGGAUCGCCAUCACAGCCAUUGGCAAGAGGAUCUGCGAUGGAUUCUACGUGAAUUCGGCCAGCAUGUUGAAUGUGCGCAAGGAUAUGGGCAAGUGUCCGGUGCUCUACCUUCCCAGCCAUCGCAGCUACAUGGACUUUAUCCUAAUGUCGUACAUCUGUUAUUACUACGACAUAGAGAUACCCGGUAUAGCCGCCGGAAUGGAUUUCCAUUCCAUGUUCGGCAUGGGCACCAUGCUAAGGAAAACUGGAGCCUUCUUUAUGCGUCGCAGCUUCUCCAACGACGAACUUUACUGGGAUAUUUUCCGGGAAUACAUGUACGCUUUAGUGGCCAAUUAUCACAUUGGCGUAGAGUUCUUCAUCGAGGGCACACGGUCUCGAAAUUUUAAAGCUCUCGUGCCAAAGAUUGGACUUUUGUCAAUGGCAUUACUGCCAUAUUUUACCGGCGAAGUCCCGGAUGUGAUGAUUGUGCCAGUUAGUGUGGCUUACGAGCGAGUGCUUGAGGAGCAACUGUUUGUCUAUGAGCUGCUGGGAGUGCCAAAGCCCAAGGAGUCCACGAAGGGCUUCUUCAAGGCCCUUAAGAUCAUCGAUGAGAGAUUUGGCAAGAUGUUUUUGGACUUUGGUGAGCCAAUAUCCGUAAAGGAGUUCUUUGGACACGACAGCUCCCAGCGGAUGCAGCGUGCCGGUGUGGGCGGGCAUCUGCAAAAGCUCAACCGCCAGGAGGUGGAGCUGGUGAAGCAGCUGGCCAAUGAGAUUAUCUAUCAGCAGCAGCGACGCAUUGUGAUCACUACGUUCAAUCUGCUGAGUCUGUACUACGCUAGUCAAUUGUAUGCCCAAAAAAGUGUCAACAUUGAUGAGCUAUCCCGGGGUGUCCUACAUCUUAAGCGCAUCUUUGAGCAGCUGGGAGCACAUGUCAGCACCAGGCCGGGAAGCAUUAAGGCCGAUAUUAUUGAUGCUGUGGAGAUACACGCGAAUAUCCUUCAUUUUGUCAGCGCUCGAUUACAAUUCACACCGAUGGCCGCCAAGCAAUUGGCGGACAGGAUCGAUGUGAAGCGUCUAAAGGCUCAUGCGCUCUGUCCACAAACCAUGGCGGUGGCAGUUCCCAUGCUGGCCCUUCAGCUCUACGUGAAUCCCUGCAUGUUCUGGCUGGCCAGGCCGGCCUAUCUGCUCCUGGCGGCUCUCAAGGAGCAGAGGAGUCAGGAGAAGAGUCUGGAUUUCUCGAACAUCUCAUACGAUUCUACGUUGAGUGCACUUCAUGCGCAUGUGACCAACAUGGAUGCCUUGUUUCAGCAUGAGUUCAUCAUUGAAUCGAAUCGAGAGGCUGCCGAGUUUGAGACGCAUCUACAGCUGCUCCUCGACGAACGGGUCGUGGAGGUGGCGAAGAGUGGAAGGAUCAGGGUGCAGGACAACGAGUGUUCGCAUGUCAUAUUGGCCGCCCUGGCACCAUUCCUGUGCCUCUACUACCAGUUGGUGGUCACCCUAAGAAAAAUUCCUUUGGAUUUGGAAUUCAGCAACAAAGAUCUCCUCGUUCGCGUCCAGAAGCAUGUGGAACAGCUGCUCCAGCAGCCCGGCGGAACUGCCUUCCACGUUCAUCCGUAUUGCCUGGCGCUAGAUAACCUUAAUAUUGCCAUCUAUGCUCUGAUACAAAGGGGUUAUCUGCUUAAAAGCCGGGACUCUGGACAGCUGAAGAUCCCCGGAACCCCUGGAAAGUGCCUUGAGGAGCUGGAGCGACAGCUGCUCGAGUAUUGCCAGUUAAUGCCAUUCGCCCAAUACUCAACGGCGGCCAACCAGCAGGCCCAGUUCCACAUAGCCAAAUUAUAACUGGCAAAUGGUAAGAGGCCGACGGAGGAGGAUGCGGCUAGGGGAUCGGACACUGAUCGCAGUCUGGACUCCGAGCUGUAUCCUAAACAGUGUAGUACAAUUUGGUUUUCAUACUCCAUACAAUUCAUUCAGUUUGUUGUCGGCCUGCUCAAGAAUUGUCGCAUCAUCUGCAUUCUGUUCUUUAUUGUGGUUGUGGCUCCGCUCAAGCAGCUCCUCCGCUGGCUCAUCGAAUCAUCCCAUUCCUUCACAUAGGCUUAAGUAAGGGGUGUCUGGUAUAAGGGUGGGUCGAAUUUUAUGGCAUAACCAAAGUCCAAAUUCAAAGCAUUGGGUAGACUUUGAGCCAUUUUAAGUAAUUUUUUUGUAAGAGAUUGAAAUUUAAAUUUAUAAAUAAUUUAAAUAUUCAUUAAGUAACUUGUUGAUCCAGUUUCAAUUUAUUUAAAAUCUAUAUUUAGAUUUUUUGUCUUUACAGACAUUUACAUUACCAACUUAAAUUCUUAAACAAAUUUUUUUAAUUAAAAUUAUAUUAUUAAAAAAAUUUUG